AUGCGGAUGCUGCUGCCCUCCACGCUGGCUGAGCGGCUGCUCACUGCUUUCAGAAAGCCUCUGCUCUGCUCCCUUUGGAGGAGCCUGGCCCCACUGCUGUAUUGGCUGAGGGCUGCCUUCUGGUGGCCAGAUACAGAGAAGGGACAGCAGCAGGUCAGAGAGGAACCUGAGGAGAGCCAGGAGGAAGAGGACAGCAGUCUGCCCAUCACCCCCACGAGUGUCAAUUACCACUUCACCCGCCAGUGCAACUACAGGUGCGGAUUCUGCUUCCACACGGCCAAGACGUCCUUCGUGCUGCCCCUGGAGGAGGCCAAGAGAGGGCUGCUUCUGCUCAAGGAAGCUGGCAUGGAGAAGAUCAACUUCUCUGGCGGAGAGCCCUUCCUUCAGGACCGCGGCCAGUACCUGGGCCAGCUGGUGAGGUUCUGCAAGCAGGAGCUCCUCCUGCCCAGUGUGAGCAUCGUGAGCAACGGCAGCCUCAUCCGGGAGAAGUGGUUCAGGGACUACGGUGAAUACUUGGACAUUCUCGCCAUCUCCUGUGACAGUUUUGACGAGGAAGUCAAUGUCCUUAUUGGACGUGGUCAAGGAAAGAAGAACCAUGUGGAAAAUCUUCAAAAACUGAGGAAGUGGUGCCAGGACUACAGAGUGGCUUUCAAGAUCAAUUCUGUCAUCAAUCGCUUCAACGUGGACGAGGACAUGAAUGAGCAGAUCAAAGCACUGAACCCUGUCCGCUGGAAAGUGUUCCAGUGCCUCCUGAUUGAGGGCGAGAACUCUGGAGAAGAUGCUCUGAGAGAAGCACAGAGAUUUGUCAUCAGUGACGAAGAGUUUGAAGAAUUCUUAGAGCGCCACAGAGGAGUGUCCUGCUUGGUGCCCGAGUCUAACCAGAAGAUGAAAGACUCCUACCUUAUUCUGGAUGAAUAUAUGCGCUUUCUGAACUGCAGAAAUGGCCGGAAGGAUCCUUCCAUGUCUAUCCUGGACGUUGGAGUGGAAGAAGCUAUAAAAUUCAGUGGGUUUGAUGAGCGUAUGUUUCUAAAGCGAGGAGGAAAAUAUGUCUGGAGCAAGGCUGAUCUGAAACUGGACUGGUAAAGCUGGAAGCAGAGCAAGGUCCCAGCCGUGGUCUGCAGAGCCAACGCAAGGGUCUCUCUUGGUGGCCGGAAACCUGCACAUCAUGUGUAAUUGCCUGUGGGCACUAAGCAUAUAAAUCACCUGCCUAACUACAGUCCAUACUUUAGUUAGUUGGCUUAGUGCCUUAUUGUUAUUGUUUUUGAGUUUAAUUUUUCUUAAAAAGGAGGAGUACAGAGGAAUGGAAAAAAAAAAAAAAAAAAAAAAAAAAGCCUAGCUAAGCUACCUGUGAGCAAGAGCUCAAUAAUCCAGGUCAAAGAUGCAUUUGUGAGAAAUAAGCCCCAAGGAUACCUGUGGGGCAAGAGUUACAGGGGGUUUGAUAUUUUAAGCAAAUUUUCUGUGACUGUUAGCAGUGUUUCCAUUUCAAGCUAUUUUUCCAGUUUUGUUUUUGGUUUUAUUUCUGUCUUUUUUAUUUGUUUGUUUGACAGUCAGUUCCUUCCUGCUAAACAUCAACUGAGAUGUCAGUUUUCACCUUGGAAACAUUAUCAAACACUGCCUCCAAUUAUUUCUGCUUACUGUGCCUUCCUUCCUCUUCUGUCUUUAUAACACUGGAAUCUUGAACUUUUAUAUAGAAUUAAAGAAAUAGUCAACAGACACUUCAAAGAACAUUAAAGAGGACUCAUCUAUCUCCAAGGAGUCCCUAGGAGUUGGCACCAGAAGGCAUGGGGACCUCUAGAUGCUGAUGCUAUCUGUGCGCCACAGAUUCUUCUUCAAAGAUCCUUGGCAAAGCCAGGGGACUCCAUGCUCCCUGAUGUGGAACAAGAGCAGUACUUCGAUUGCUACGACCACCUCAUUUUUAGGCCACAGGAGUGUCAAGCAAAAACAUGACUUCAUUUGAGCAGAUGUUUGUCUUCACAGUUCUGAAAAGUGAUAGUGUGAACUGUUCCAUAAAAGCCCAUUGAGCACACUUGGAGUUUAUGCAGGUGAAGCCACAGCACUUUAUAGUGUUUCUCAAUUAAUUCACUCAGUAGAAACAAGAUACAAUCUAGGUCACUAUGAGAGGGAACCAUUCCUUUCUUUUCUAGUUCAAAGAGGGAAGCACAGGAAAGAAUGUCGCUUGAUCAAAAAUUUCUUCUUGCAUAAAUGUAGCAUGUAUUUUAAUUAUGUAACUUAGCUAGUAUCUCAUUACCUAGAAUAGAAUAAUUUCCUAUCAUGGUUUCCAGCAAGCAAAAUCAUAGAAAAAUGUUUGCAAAUUUAAUUAGGAUGCAAUUCCAGAAGACCCCACUAGGAGGCACUUUAGUGUCUCAUUUCAUUAAGGAGCUUGUAGAAAUUCCUGUUUUAUAAUCUAUUUUCAGGACUUGGGUAAUAUUUUUUUUUCUUUUUUGUGUAUCCUCUUUUCUUUUUUUCCUUUUUGUAGCACUGGGAUUGGAAUCCAGGGCCUUUUACAGGAAUUGGUGAUUUUGAAAAGUGAUUUUGUGACUUUUUUCUCAAAACAUGUACUCCCAUUUCAAUGUUUAAGUCACUGUAAUUCAUCUGAAACAUGUGUGUCCCAUCCAAAAUUAGAUAAGUUGUUGGUAUUUUAUACUUUCCAUCCUUUUUCAAGAGAAAAAUGAAUCAGGAGGCACUUUCCCCAGGGUUCUUGAUGGUACCUGAAUUCCAUGGCUCAGGUGUAAUCUGCAGGAACGUAAGACAGAUUUUCCGUCCCAUGAGCCUGCUUCGGCCCCGUGGGAGAAGGCCCAGGAUGUCUCUGAUGCGCAGCCAGGGCUCGGCCAACUGAUCUGAGGGCAGGUCUGAGGGAAGCCCCAAUCUUCUAAGUGGUGGAUUAGAUUUAUUUCUAUUUGAGGGAAACCAAUUCUCUUUCCUUUAAGGAAAAUAUAACACAAAACAAGAGAUGAAUUGGAGAUAUAAACUGUUUUAAGUACAUUUUCCAGCUGUCUGAUCUGCUAUUAACCCUCUCAUUCACUGUCAGGAUUUCUAAAGCUUUGAUGUUUAAAAUAUUCAAGUGUCCCUUUUUCUUAAGAGGAAGAAAUGGAAAUUUUAGUAUUGCAAUAAUAUCAAGCUCACAUUACACAGUGUCUUGUUUUAUUUUUUUCUGUUUUAAAUGUGUUAGUUUUGUAAAACAUGGUGCUUUUUAUUGAGAAAAUAAAGCAGAGUCUAGCUAUACAUCUUACAGCAAGUGUAAGGGCAAAUGUUUUGAGGCACUUUCAGUUACUGCUUAAGUUCAGGGUUUGUCUGGUUUAUAGGCACUAACCAUCUCUAUUACUAGGUGAUACAUCACAGGGCAGUUACCU